AAAAAAUAAGAUCAGCGUGGACUACCACUUUGUAGAAUAAUGUAACAAGGAACAAAUUCCAUCUUUGACCUCGACCAGUCUGUUUAAUCUGAGACCGCGCCAUGGCCAACAAGUACGAGUACCCGCACAUGGUCGAAUGGAAGAACGAAUUGCUCAAGGUCUUCCAAGCGAUUACGACCCCGGGGACAUAUGCGGCGUGGGAGGAGCUUGCGACGACACCGCCGGCCGGCCUGCAUGUCGAUGGAGUGGGAGACAUCGCAAUGCCUCUCGCUGAAGAACGCGUUCGCGAGCUGAUCGUCAACGCCCGUCAGGCUCCCUAUGGCCGUCGAAGCGAGACCCUCGUCGAUCUGUCCGUCCGUAACACUUGGGAAAUCGACGGCGCUCGGUUGCAAUUCCUCGAUCCCGCUUGGAAAGGGUACUUGCACACUUUGGCGAAGCGCGUCGCCAUCCUCCUUGGCGUCGAUGGCCCGAUUCAAUUGGAUUUGUACAAGUUGCUGAUUUAUGAAGAGGGGGCCAUGUUCAAGCCUCACACCGACACUGAACGGACGCCGGGAAUGUUUGGAACCCUGGUGAUUUGUUUACCAUCGGCGCACACGGGCGGUGAAGUGGUUGUGAAGCACAACGGCCAAUCCAAGACUCUGAGAACAUCGGACGCAACACAAUCAUUUGCUUGCUGGUACUCGGACGUGGCCCAUGAAGUUCUGCCCGUCAAAUCCGGCUAUCGAUGCGUCUUGACCUACAACCUGGUCACCCAGCCGGAUCAACCUCGACCAGCCGCAAGUGUAGUUGAAUCGCAAAAAGACCCCCUGCGGAAAAUGAUUGGAUCCUGGCUUGAAGACUUGGCUGCAAACAGCUCGCCCAACAUCCCCAGCUGCCUCUAUCACACUCUGGAUUAUUCGUAUACCGAAGCAGCCAUUUCCCUCAAAGCACUCAAGGCUGAGGACUAUGCCCGAGUACAGACCUUGCGAGACCUUACGGACGAGCUACCGUUUCAGGUUUACUUGGCGUUAAUUGAAAGGACGGAACAAGGAGAAACCGAGGUCUCAUUUCCUAGAAAGCGCCCUCGAUUCGACUGCGAUGAACCUGAGGAUGAGGAUGCGGGCUAUCAUUUUAUCGAGGAGGUGCUCGAGGAGGGCCAUCUGGUGAAGUCACUCCACACACUCGAUGGCAAAAUCGUAGCCAGGGACUACGACUUGAAGAUCAACAACUUCAUCGAGGAUGAGCCUUUCGAUGGUAUCGACGGUAUCGAAGACCACUUCGAACCUUACCAAGGUAAUUGGGGUCCUUCAGCCGUCCACUUGUAUCAAUGGUCAGCUUUAGUCAUUCUACCACAUCAAAGCCUUCCCAAGUAUCUGGCUGCAUGCACAGAUAGAGGCCCGUAUGACGAUCCUCCCAAGAUACCGGUAACUUUUUUUGACUGGGCAAAAGAAUGGAUAGACACACUGCCAGAGGCAGAACGUGUUGAGAAGUAUCGGACGUGGAUUCCAUCAAUCAUUCACCGCAAUCGGUGUGUUGCUGAGCGCUUUGCCUUUGUCGAGAGGGUAUCAAAUCUUAUUGGCAACCCCGCUUUGCCAGAAGCAGCAUUCCCAGGCAAGUCCUGGGCGGAUGGCAUGGUGCACGAUAUUAUCAAAAACCUACUCCAGGUCACUACCAAGGGCGAUGCGCUUCCCAAUGCAGCAGAUGGCCGUGUUGUCGUCUCUGCCAUCUUCAAACUUAAUGAGACUUGGUCUACCAAAUUGGAGCUUAUCAAGUCGCUUUUUGACGCCUUUCCACAAUCUGCAGCUGCUGCAUUUUUAUUCAGCUUGAUUUCUCAAUUCAAGACUCUUGGCACGGCGCCAGAUCUACCGAAUUCCGAGACUAUGGAACUGUGCAGAAGCCUCAGCUCGCGCGUCUUUAACCUCAAGAGAACACCCUCUAAGAUCAUGACUGAGCCACCCAAGUAUGCAUUUGAGAAACCACUAGUGGUCACUGCCCAGGAUCUGAUUCGGUUUGCUUGCGACCUCCACGACUUGAGCACGGAUGCCAACGAUUUGCUAGAGUCGUUUAUCCUCCAAAUCAAUGUUCAUUGUCCCAAGUUCCCAGGGGAAGGGAUCCGCAAGGUCUGGAUCCCGUUCCUCAGUCAACUCAUCCCGGUCCUGGUCUCCCGAUCGAUCUCGAUCGACACCCCGCUAUACCAGCAGCUUGCGCGACAAUUGAUCAAGUACGGGGACGAGAAACUCGGCCCGGCUCCACAAGCAGACCCCAACACCCCAAGGCCACAAAUUACUUGUCCAUGUAGGGACUGUCUGUCUCUCAAACGAUUCCUGAAAGAUCCCCACCAAGUCGUCGGGCGGUUCCCACUCCCCCAAGCCCGACGUCACCAUGUCUACCAGAGCCUUGACGAUCCCGGGUUCGACUGCAUUCGGAAAACUGAACAUAAAGGCAAACCUUAUACCCUCAUCAUCACCAAACGUCUUACCCUGGAGAAUAAGAUCAAGGAGUGGAAGGAUCGUCGGUCUGAGAUCUAUGCCCCGCUUGCUAAAAACAUCCACCAAGAUCUUCUGGAAUCUCUUCUUGGAAAACAAGGAGCUACCCUCGUCCGAUCGGUUGCUGGUGUACAACAAGCAGAUGCUCGGUCUGCUACUCAGACUAAUUGAUUGGCCUCUGUCCUGCCAUUCACCGCAAACCACCACAGUUUCUCUUGUUUUGUCUUCUACAUGCUCAGAAAAAAUUGAUAAUCUGGUGUGGCGUGUCUGCAAUUCUAGACACCCAUACACAUUGACCAUGCACCCAUUAACACGCCAGACACAAAAUUCAUUGUGACCGGUUUUUAGAAGCUGUGGUUGUUGAAGAAUAGAAGUCUUGCUUCAUUCUUCUUUUUUUCUUGUCAUGAUGUACAUAGAAUCACUCUUACUUGAAAAUAAAGUCUGUUAUUCAAGGGUAGGCUCUUUUGCUAUAUAAGACACGUCAAUACCCAAUUGUUGUAUUGUUCUAAAGAUAAAUAAAACUGGAGAGACAAUUUUCCACUCUUGGCCUGUUUCUAGUUGACAUCUGCUUGUCAUGUAUGAUUCCAAUUGAUGCCCAGCCACGUCCUAACUUCUCUCGG